CAUUGAUAUUUACAAAAAUGGGUCAUCAUUCAACGUUGCUUCCCCAAUAUUUUAGGGUCAUCCGUACUCUACAAUUAUCUCCUUGCCUUCUAUCUUUUCGGAACAUAAACACUGUAGUAAAGAAAUUUGAACACUAAGCUUGUUAAAAAGAUCAUUUCCAAUUGUUUCGAACUCCCCUUUCUUUCCAGAUUUGAAGAAGAUUUGAUCUUUUAAUCUUUCAUCGCUCAAGGUUUUCUUCAAGCUCCGCAGACACAGAAAUGAUUGUCUUGCAAUUCCACCACUCCAUUCUCUCGCCGAUUCGUCUUCCCAUCACAACAAUUGGCGCUAAAAUUUCCCUCCCAACCAACUAUUUCUUGCCCCCAUACACCCUCUCUAAACCCCUUCACCGGAAUUUUCUAUCCAGUGCUGCCCGUGACAAAAAAUCGGAAAUUUACAACAUCCCCUCCACUGAAAUCGAGGUGGUGGAUGAAGAACGUGAAGAUUAUGAUGAUGGGGACGACAGAUUUUGGAGUGAGAGUGGAUUUAGAGGAAGAGAAGAAGAAAAGGACUAUGAUCGAGACCCUGAAUUCGCUGAAAUUAUCGGAACUAGUCUUGAUGAUCCAGAGAAAGCUCGGUCCAAAAUGGAAGAGAGGCUGAGGAAGAAAAGAAACAAGAUACUCCAGCCAAAGACGGGAUCAGCUGUUCCAGUAAAAGUUACAUUCAACAAGUUCGAUUUCUCAAAUUCAUAUAUAUGGUUUGAAUUCUACAACACUCCACUGGCAAAAGAUAUCACCUUAAUUUGUGAUACCAUAAGGUCAUGGCACAUCAUUGGACGUCUUGGUGGAUGCAAUUCCAUGAAUAUGCAGCUGUCUCAAUCUCCUUUGGAUAAACGACCGAGUUAUGAUGCUAUUCAGGGAGCUAAUGUUACUCCAACCACAUUUUAUAACAUUGGGGAUUUUGAGGUUCAAGACAACUUGGCUCGCAUAUGGGUUGAUAUUGGGACCAGCGAACCUUUGCUUCUAGAUGUUUUGAUAAAUGCAUUAACCCAGAUAAGCUCUGACUAUGUUGGAAUCAAACAAUUGGUAUUUGGGGGAUCUGAGUUUGAGAAUUGGAAAGAGGAUUUGACAACUGAAGAUGCUGGUUACAGCACUCACAAGAUAUAGCUACUUCCUUUGGAGAAUAGAUGUGGGAAGAUAUUGUUGAAGGUUAAUUUGGAGGCUUUGUGAAUUCACUUUAAAAAGAGAGGAGAAAAAUUGCAGCAUAAGAGGUGUGUGUGCCAUGAGGCACAAGUGCCGAGCUUUGCCGCCGCUGAAGAAGAAAAGGCAGAAGUGAGGUUCCUUUGAGCCGAUGGGGAAGAAAAAGCCGAGCCAAUUGUGCCGAGAGCAUUUGCCGGAUGAGAAAAGGCACCAGACGGCGAUCUGAGGAUUCUAGUUCGCCUCUUUUUUGAAGUCUCUCAAAUCCCAGUCUACCAUUUUGUGUGGCAGUGGAGAGUUGGAUUAAGUGUUUCUCUUAUUCUUUAUAUUAACUAUUUGGGGCCGAGAGAUUUGUAGGUGUGUUUGAGGGUGUCUUUCGAUAUUAUCUACAAUUUUAUGAUCG